UGGCUAUUCAGAUUAAAUAGAAACACGACGUUGACAAAACCAUUAGCCUUCUAUCAUUGAAUCUAGAAACAUGAGUGCAACGAAAUUAAUCAGUUUGUGUUUGGUGCUCAUUUUACUUUGUGAAAUUGGCUUCUCCAAGGGCUUAGAGAAUGAUAAACAAACCGAAGCAAGUUUGCCCUCGUAUUGGCAGCGUUUAAAGGCCAGCAUCACGGACUUUAAGUGGCAGCAGAAGAAACCGGAGCCGGAGACUGCGGAGGCAACUCAAAGACGUCGCCAACUGUGGGAGCGCAUUAAAAUGUCAACACUUUUGUAAAGAAGAAACCACUUUAUUGAUAUGCAUUCAAGUAAACAUUCAAGUUAUGUUAAAUUCAGUAAACAGCCAUUUA